AUGCAGUCCAUUCGACGAGCUGUGAGGAUUGGCACGGGCGUCAAGUCUGACGUCGGCAAGGGCCUCGUUGCAGACCAGGCGGGCUUCACGGGCGGCGCGGCACCGAGCGCUGCCGACGCGAGGCUCAGAACCAAGGCGAAGUGGGCCAACAUCGUUGCGGCGCUGACGAUGGCGUGUGUCGCCUUUGAGCACCUCUUCACCGGCCAAGGGCAAGGCGCCGACCACUGCAACCCGCUGCUGCUGCGGACGGUGAUGGGCUGGCUCGGCGUGCUUGGCACUCUCGUUCUGGGUGCCGAGCUCGGUCUCUCCGCCGUCUUGAGGAACAUCCAGGUGCUGCAGCACCGAUCCGGCCGCGCCUUUCUCCUCCUCAUGUGCGGCACCAUCGGAAUGGCGGCCGCGCCGGUCGAGCUGCCGAUGGCGGCAACAGGCUACGCGUACACCGAGGGCGCCUUCGUCGUCUCGAUGCAGUACAGCUUCCUCAUCGCGGGCGCUCUCUGCCUGCUGGCCGCUGGCUACUCGAUCAAUGCCUCGCUCUCCCUCUCCCUGCCCCGCCUCGCGGCCAAGGUCCACGGGCAUAUCAAGCCGGCCGAUGAGGCGGCCCUGCUAGAGGAAGGGGCUCGCCAGCAGCCCGCCGCCGCUGCCGCGCAGGCCGGCGCGCCAGGACCAGCCGACGGCGAAUCGCCGGCGGCGGCGACGGAAGACUCUCCGGCGACGCAGCGAGGCGCGGAGAUGCAGCAGGCGAGCGCUGUGACAUAUUGUUUUCGAUUUGCCGAUACCCAUGAGACCAGCCACGCCGCGCCCUCGGGCGCCUCCACCGCCGCCCUCAGCCACGCCGCUACGACCGUCGGAGACGUCAACUCCGCCGUCACAAGGAGGGCCCGGCGCACAACCCCCCUCUUUUAA